AUGACCAGUUGCGGACUCUUUUCUUAUUUGGCAGCAAUCGCAACCGUCCCACCAGCUACAACCAGCACAGCAGCGAUCACAACAACGAAACAGCCCGGAACCACAGAAUCGGUGACGGAAUCGACGAGACAUCCGGACAUCAAACCGGUUACUACAGGAAAACCGGGGAGCAACGGGCAACAAAAUGGCGACGGUGGACUGACAGAAGACGAGAUCAUCCUGUACGCAGUGAUAGGGGCCGCCCUGGCUCUGCUUCUCCUACUGGCGAUUAUCGUUGCCGUGUGUUUCUGCAUGAGGAGGAAGAAGGGAAGGUACGGAGUCAAAUCUCGAGAGCAGGAGCUAGAGAAAUUAGAGAGGUUAGAGAUGCAGGAUAGCGGCAUAGACAACCCGGCCCAGCUCAAGGCGGCCCGACCCGACAGCGACUACCAGUCCCUACAGGCGGCCCGACCCGACAGCGACUACCAGUCCCUACAGGCGGCCCGACCCGACAGCGACUACCAGUCCCUACAGGCGGCCCGCCCUGACAGCGCCUACCAGUCCCUACAGGCGGCCCGACCCGACAGCGACUACCAGUCCCUACAGGCGGCCCGACCCGACAGCGACUACCAGUCCCUACAGGCGGCCCGCCCUGACAGCGCCUACCAGUCCCUACAGGCGGCCCGACCCGACAGCGACUACCAGUCCCUGCAGGGGUCACGGUCGUCUUCGCUGGACAAGGAGAUGAAAGAACCAAAAUAAAGAAAUAAAAAUGAAUAAUUCCACAUGUACAUAACUCGAGGCUAUAACACAGGUUCAAGACAAACUGAAGUGGGCUUCCG